AUGUCUCUUGGAAGGAAGUUCAAGCUCAACUCGGGGUACGAGAUUCCAGCUGUUGGACUGGGAACUUGGCUCUCGAAACCCCACGAAGUCGAGAAUGCCGUCGAGGUCGCUCUGCGCGCUGGAUACCGUCAUAUCGACGCGGCUGCUUGCUAUCAGAACGAGAACGAAGUAGGGAACGGCUGGAAGAAGUCUGGCGUGCCUCGCGAAGAAAUUUUUAUCACCAGCAAGCUAUGGAAUACUCACCACCACCCAGACCACGUCCAAGAGGCCGUUGACAAGACUCUCCAAGACCUUCAGACCGACUACCUUGACCUCUACCUGAUUCACUGGCCUGUCGCAUUCGAACACACCAACGAGACCCUCACUCCCAUCGACCCCAAUACUAAGAGGUUCCGCCUGGUAGAUAUCCCCAUUGCCGACACCUGGGCUUCUCUGGAGAAACUGGUUGCAUCGGGCAAACUGCGAAGCAUUGGAAUCAGCAACUUCACCGUCGACAAGACCAAGGAGCUUCUCAAGACGGCCAAGAUCCCUCCGGCUGUCAACCAGAUCGAGGCCCAUCCGUACCUCCAGCAACCAGAACUAACCGAGUUCUUGAAAGAAAAGAAUAUCCUGCCUGUGGCCUACAGUCCCUUGGGUAACAAUAUCUUCGGGCUCCCUCGUGUCGUUGAUGACCAGACAGUGAGCCAGAUUGCCCAGAAGCUCAACAGAGAUCCAGCUGCCUUGCUCAUCUCCUGGGCCAUUCAGCGAGGGACCGCCGUGCUACCCAAGAGCGUCACUCCCUCGCGGAUCGAGAGUAAUUUCCAAGAUUUUGUCAUUCCCGAUGCUGAAUUCGAGGCCCUGAACAAUCUCGACCGUGCAGAGCGUUACAACUACCCAUUCCGCUGGGGGAUUGAUAUCUUUGGAGAACUUGGUGCUGACGAGGCGGAGAGAAGAGCUGAAGAGUCGGCUGCCAAGCAGAGGGCAUAA